GGGAGCCCAGAGGAAGAGAUUAUGGCUGCUGUGGUUUUUUCAGUUGGACCUCUGAAGUGAUCAAGCUUAAUAGAUGACAUGGAGAGAAAGAAGAUGUUUAAGACACAGUGCUUGGCUGUAGGGAGCUUACAGUCUCACUGAGAGUCCUGAAGUUCCCCAGCCAAAUGAAGAUCUUCACCUUCAAGCAGAAGAACAAGAAUUGGUAAAGAGCCUCAAGGUAGCCAGAGGUGAGAGCUGAGGGCCUUCUUAGAUUUUUCCUGGGGCUUAGCUCCAGAUGGGAAAAGAAAACAAACGCAGAAUCAGUGACAUUUAAAGAUGUGGCUAUAGACUUCACAUUGGAAGAGUGGAGGUUGAUGGACCCUACACAGAGGAAACUGCACAAGGAUGUGAUGCUAGAGAAUUAUAGGAAUCUUGUCUCCUUGGGGCUUGCAGUUUCCAAACCAGACAUGAUAUCUCAUUUGGAGGAUGGAAAAGGCCCAUGGGUGGUAGUGAGAGAAACUUCAAAAACCCCCUAUUCAGAGUUGGAGACCAAACCUACAACCAAGAAUGCUAUACCAUCAGAGAAUACUUCUGAAGAAUGUUUAUCUCAGGAGACCAUAGUAGAGAAACUCAUAGAGAAUGGUCUAUGGGACACCAAAAUGGGAGGAUUAUGGAAAUGGAGUGACAGGAUAUUGAGAUUGCAAGAUAGUCAAGAAAGUCAUUUGAGUCAAACAGUAGUUAAACACAAGAAAAUUCCCACUCUUCAAAAAGGCUUUAGAUUUGGAUCAGUUCUUUUUCCAGAACCAGGAGUUAUCACAGAAGAGCCCCACAGCAAAUACCAAACACAUGAGGAAAAUUUUACAGAGAAUUUAGAUUUGAUUACAGAUACCCAUCUGGGGAAGAAAAUGUGCAAGGAUACAGAAGGCAUCAAAGUCAUGAGCCCUGCUUCAGAACUCACUUUAGAGAAAAAAAACAAAAAUAAAGAAAAACCCUAUAAAUGUAGUACAUGUGAAAAGGCCUUCCGUUAUAGAUCAUUACUCAUUCAACAUCAGAGAACUCACACUAAAGAAAAACCUUAUGAAUGUAAUGAAUGUGGGAAAAUGUUCAGCCAGCCUUCAUAUCUUAGUCAACAUAAAAAAAUUCACACUGGAGAAAAGCCCUAUAAAUGUAAUGAAUGUGGAAAGGCCUUCAUUGCUUCUUCAUCCCUUAUGGUGCAUCAGAGAAUUCAUACUAAGGAGAAACCUUAUCAGUGCAAUGUCUGUGGAAAAUCUUUCAGCCAGUGUGCCCGCCUUAAUCAACACCAGAGAAUUCAAACUGGAGAGAAGCCCUAUAAAUGUAGUGAAUGUGGGAAAGCUUUUGGUGAUAAAUCAAAACUUGCAAGACAUCAGGAAACUCACAAUGGAGAAAAACCCUACAAAUGUAAUGAUUGUGGGAAAGCCUUUAGGAAUAAGUCAUAUCUUAGUGUACAUCAGAAGACCCAUACUGAAGAGAAACCAUAUAAAUGCAUUGAGUGUGGGAAAUCUUUCAAGAAUACCACAAUCUUUAACGUUCAUCAGAGAAUUCAUACUGGAGAGAAACCCUUUAGAUGUAAUGAGUGUGGAAAAGCCUAUAGAAGUAAUUCAAGCCUUAUUGUACAUAUAAGAACUCAUACUGGAGAAAAACCCUAUGAAUGUAAUGAAUGUGGGAAAGCAUUCAAUCGUAUAGCAAAUUUCACGGAACAUCAGAGGAUUCAUACAGGAGAAAAACCCUAUAAAUGUAACGAAUGUGGGAAAGCGUUCAUUAAUUAUUCAUGCCUUACUGUACACCACAGAAUGCAUACAGGAGAGAAACCUUAUAAAUGUAAUGAAUGUGGAAAGGCUUUCAUGCGUUCUUCAUCUCUUAUUAUACAUCAGCGAAUUCAUACUGAGGAGAAACCUUAUCUCUGUAAUGAAUGUGGGGAAUCUUUCAGAAUAAAAUCACACUUAACUGUACAUCAGAGGAUUCAUACUGGAGAGAAACCAUAUAAAUGUACUGACUGUGAGAGGGCAUUUACCAAGAUGGUAAAUCUCAAGGAGCACCAGAAAAUUCAUACUGGUGUGAAACCCUACAACUGCUAUGAUUGUGGAAAAUCCUUCAGAACAAAGUCAUACCUUAUUGUACAUCAAAGGACCCAUACUGGAGAAAAACCAUAUAAGUGUAAUGAAUGUGAGAAAGCUUUCACUAAUACAUCACAGCUUACUGUGCAUCAAAGAAGGCAUACUGGAGAAAAACCCUAUAAAUGUAAUGAGUGUGGGAAGGUUUUCACAAGUAACUCAGGCUUUAAUACCCACCAAAGGACACAUACUGGGGAGAAACCAUUUAAAUGUAAUGACUGUGGCAAAGCAUUUAGCCAGAUGGUACACGUCACAGAACAUCAGAAAAUCCAUAGUGGAGAGAAACCCUAUAAAUGUGAUGUCUGUGGAAAAGCCUUCAGGAGAGGUUCAUACCUUACAGUGCAUUGGAGAACACACACUGGAGAAAAGCCCUAUACAUGUAAGGAAUGUGGGAAAGGUUGUAUUACUCUAUCACAGCUAACUCUACAUCAGAGAAUUCAUACUGGGGAGAGGCCCUAUAGAUGUGAAGAAUGUGGAAAAGCCUUCAGAACUAACUCAGACUUCACUGUACAUCUGAGGAUGCACACUGGAGAAAAACCCUAUAAAUGUAGUGAGUGUGGAAAAGCCUUUAGGAGUAGCUCAAGCCUUACUGUACAUCAAAGAAUACAUCAGAGAGAAGCUCAGUUAAUAUAGAGGACAGUAAAUUAUCAUCCAGAUACGACAAGAAUCUUAUAAACUGUAUAUUUUAUGAAUGUGGGAAAAUGUUCAGGAGCAAUUUGCCAGAAAGUACACACUUCAUAAAUAUAAGA